GUCAGUCCGUUGGUUCGCCUCAGUAGAACUUGUCGGGCCUUGCGGUGCAGUUCCGUGUGCCUUCUGUGAUUCGCAGCAGAUCCGUUGAACCCCUUACAGUAUAUACCCGUAUUCCCCGCGAACUCGAUCCUGAGGCCAACUGCCAAAAAUGCUGCGCAACAGCUUUCACCUGGCCCAGAGCCUGCGCAACAGCUUCUCCAGGAACGCCUGGCGAGCGGUCAGCUCCCAUGGACCCCGACAGCCACUGGUGUCCCCGGAGCGACGACUGGAGAAGGCGCACCCCACCUUCACGGAGCGCAGUCAAUUGAAGUACGCCCGGAGGCUGGUGGUCAAGCUGGGCAGCGCGGUCAUCACCCGCGAGGACAACCAUGGACUAGCCCUGGGGCGACUGGCCUCCAUCGUGGAGCAGGUUGCCGAGUGCCAUUUGGAGGGUCGUGAGGUGAUGAUGGUCACCAGUGGAGCGGUGGCCUUCGGAAAACAGAAGCUCGCCCAAGAGCUGCUCAUGUCGCUGUCGAUGCGCGAGACCCUCAAUCCGAAGGACAGCAAAGAGUUCGAUGGCGCCACGCUGGAACCGCGGGCGGCGGCUGCGGUGGGUCAGUCUGGCCUGAUGUCCCUCUACGACGCGAUGUUCGCCCAGUACGGCGUGAAGAUAGCUCAGGUGCUGGUGACCAAGCCGGACUUCUACAACGAGGAGACACGCAACAAUCUCUUCUGCACGCUCUCCGAAUUAAUUAGCCUUAAUAUUGUGCCAAUCAUAAAUACCAACGACGCCGUCUCCCCGCCGAUGUUCAUACGUGACGACGAGCCAGCCGGCGGCGCCAGGAGGGGCAUUCCCAUUAAGGACAACGACAGCUUGUCUGCCAUGCUGGCCGCCGAGGUGCAGGCGGAUCUGCUAAUCCUCAUGUCGGAUGUCGAUGGCAUCUACAACAAGCCGCCGUGGGAGGAUGGGGCCAAGCUGAUGCACACCUACACCAGCGACGACACCAACACCAUCGAGUUCGGCAAAAAGUCAAAGGUGGGCACCGGCGGCAUGGACUCCAAGGUGAAGGCGGCCACCUGGGCCCUGGACCGAGGUGUCAGCGUGGUCAUCUGCAACGGCAUGCAGGAGAAGGCCAUCAAGACCAUAAUUGGCGGCCGGAAGGUGGGCACCUUCUUCACGGAGGCCACCGAGAGCGCCAACACGGUGCCCGUCGAGGUGAUGGCCGAGAACGCGCGUACCGGGAGUCGCCAGAUGCAGGCCCUAACCCCCGCCCAGAGGGCCAGUGCCGUCAACACCCUGGCCGAUUUGCUGGUGAGCCGCGAGAAGUUCGUCCUGGAGGCCAACGCCAAGGACCUGGCGGAGGCCCAGAAGAACGGACUGGCCAAGCCGCUGCUGUCGCGUCUCUCGCUCAACUCGGCCAAGCUGAAGAACUUGUCCGUUGGCCUCAAGCAAAUCGCCGAGGACAGUCACCAGAAUGUGGGACGUGUCCUGCGACGAACCCGCCUGGCCGAUCAGCUGGAGCUGAAGCAGGUCACCGUACCCAUCGGCGUCCUUCUGGUCAUCUUCGAAUCCCGUCCAGACUCGCUGCCGCAGGUGGCCGCUCUGGCAAUGGCCUCGGCCAAUGGACUGCUUCUGAAGGGCGGCAAGGAGGCGGCCCACAGCAACAAGGCGCUGAUGGAGCUGGUCAAGGAGGCGCUGGCAACCGUGGGAGCGGAGCACGCCGUGUCCCUGGUUUCUACGCGCGAGGAGAUAAGCGACCUGCUCUCCAUGGAGAACCACAUUGACCUGAUCAUUCCGCGCGGCUCCUCCGAGCUGGUGCGCAGCAUCCAGCAGCAGUCGCUGCACAUCCCCGUUCUGGGCCACGCCGAGGGAGUCUGCCAUGUCUAUAUCGACCGGGAUGCGGAUCUGCAGAAGGCCCUGCGCAUUGCACGCGACGCCAAGUGCGACUAUCCGGCGGCCUGCAAUGCCAUGGAGACCCUGCUCAUUCACGAGGACCUGAUGAGUGGCGAAAUCUUCGGUGAUGUCUGCAACAUGCUGAAGCGCGAGGGCGUCAAAAUCUAUGCCGGGCCCCGGCUGAACCAGCAACUGACCUUUGGCCCCCCGGCGGCCAAGAGCCUGAAGCACGAGUACGGCGCCCUCGAGUGCUGCAUCGAGAUUGUGCCCAGCCUGGACGAGGCCAUUAAUCACAUCCAUACGUACGGCAGCAGCCACACCGAUGUCAUUGUUACGGAAAAUGAUGCGGCGGCCAAGCAGUUCCUGGGCAGCGUGGACAGCGCCUGUGUGUUCCACAACGCCAGCUCGCGGUUCGCGGACGGCUUCCGGUUCGGCCUUGGCGCCGAGGUGGGCAUCUCCACCGCCCGCAUCCACGCCCGCGGCCCCGUGGGCGUGGAGGGGCUGCUGACCACCAAGUGGAUCCUCAACGGACAGGACCACGCCGCCGCCGACUUCGCCGAGGGAGGCGGACGCACGUGGCUGCACGAGAGCCUGCCGCUGGACUAAAUAAUCCAAAUCUAAAUUGUACUUAGCUGUAGGUCCCCGAAUUGCGUUCUGAAGUAGAUUGUUGUUCCAUCAUCUUGGCGAAGUGCAUUCUGAGCGAAGGGUAAUUACAUGGGGGCGGUGCCGGGGAAGGCGCCCCGAUGACAGCUGCCGUCGUGGCCACAUGGGAGAAAUUAAUUUGAGUGAAAAAUAUUUGCCGAGACAACUUGUGUAAUUAAUAAAGUAAGGGGGAGUGCGGCGUAGUUAAAA